AUGAAUUCUGACGACAAAAAACACAAAGAUGUUUUACCGUUGAAAAUAUUUGAUGGAGCAAAAAUAUCCAUAAGCAGUUUAACAGAGGCAUCCGUAUCCUAUAUAUGGUUAAGACGAAUUAAAGAAAUUUUUUUGGCAAUGUAUAAGGUUGAUGAGCGAUUUGUUCAAGUUGAUAUGGAUAUUGCUAAACAGGAAAUGCAUGAUACAUGUGACAGAUAUAUUGAAAGUGUACGGCCAUCAUCAAGCACAAAUGAGGUAAAUUUUCUCGAUGACUCUCUGAUUUCUGUCGAAAUACUUACGAAGAAAACGUAUCUUCGUCAAAAAGGUUUCAGGAGGAUGUCACGAUUCGACAUAAAUAAAAGUUUAAUAACUCUCAUAUGAAAAUCCAUCCCUGGAUUUAAUAAAAGGUUUUUCAUCUCAUAGACUUUUAUGUGUUGAGUAGUUCUACCAAGGGGGAAAAAGCAUACUUCUGUACUUCUUGGUACUUCUCCGUACUUCUUGAUACUUCGUACUUCUUCGUACUUUUUUGUACUUCUCCGUACUUCUGAAGUACGAAGUACGAAAUACGAAAUCCCGUAUUUCGUACUUCGUACUUCAGAAGUACGGAGAAGUACAAAAAAGUACGAAGAAG